AAAAAUAUUUGUAAUAGGCGUAAGAAGUAAAACGCCUGCAUCUUGGGUGAGGGAGGAUUGAGGGAGUAUCCAAUUUGCAUUUUAGAAUUCCUCUCUCAAGUAUUUAUUAGGAAUAAAAUCGCUGAUUGUGGACAUACUGUCGUACAGUAAUUUCAUCAACAAGGAAAAGAAAUAUACACAUACACGAACGCCGCCCUGAAGAAAAAGAAAAAACUGCCCAUUCGUCUUCCUCGAGGGUGGGAAAAAUCAAAAAGGGUUCUGGCGUUUAAAAAUUCUCAAGAAAAAGAUAAGUUGUGAUUUGAAUAUCGAUGGCUGCUAAAGGGCUGGUGGUUUACCUGCUGACGGCCUUCUCUUUGGCUGUUGUAUCCGUGUAUUUCGUCAACAAUUAUGCAAAUGGAGGUGAUGAUGCAAAACCGUCAUCUUCCAGCUCCAAUGCUUUGCAGCAGAAUCUUGGAUCUGAAGACAAAGUCUGGCCUGAAUUGAAGUUUAGCUGGAGGGUUGUUUUGGCGACUGUGAUAGGGUUCUUGGGGUCAGCCUGCGGCACGGUGGGUGGCGUUGGUGGGGGUGGCAUUUUUGUGCCUAUGCUCACUCUCAUUGUUGGCUUUGACACCAAGUCUGCUGCUGCCAUUUCUAAGUGCAUGAUCAUGGGGGCAUCGGCAUCAUCUGUUUGGUACAACUUGAGGGUGCCUCAUCCAUGCAGAGAUGCUCCCAUACUCGAUUAUGAUUUGGCUCUUCUGUUUCAGCCGAUGCUCAUGCUUGGGAUCACCCUUGGUGUUUCUUUGAGUGUUGUCUUCCCCUAUUGGCUAAUCACCAUCUUAAUCAUAAUUUUGUUCCUAGGGACUUCUUCAAGAUCCUUUUGCAAGGCAAUUGAGAUGUGGAAUGAGGAAACUAUCCUAAAGAAAUCCAUGGAAGACAGACGAACAUUUGCCAAUUCACAUGGAGAAUUGCUUAUUAAUGCUGAAUAUGAUCCAUUGGUGCCUAAAGAGGAAAAAACAGCGUUGCAAAUUCUGAAGGGCAACAUUAACAUGAAGAGAAUGUCGAUGUUGGUGCUUGUAUGGAUUUGCUUUUUGCUGCUUCAAGUGAUCAAGAAUAAUACAACGGCUUGUACUUUGGUAUAUUGGACACUUACCUUGUUACAGCUCCCUGUUGCGCUUAUUGUGUUUGGCUACGAAUGUGUGAAACUGUACAAGGAAAGCAAGAAAAGGAGGAUGGCUGGAAAUCAAGAACAUAUAUGUGAGGCAGCGAUUGAAUGGAAUGCUACAAAUAUCACGUUAUGUGCCCUCUGUGGUGUAUUGGGAGGCACAGUCGGUGGCUUGUUAGGUUCUGGUGGAGGCUUUAUUCUUGGACCACUCUUGCUCGAGAUUGGGGUGAUCCCUCAGGUUGCUAGUGCGACGGCAACUUUUGUGAUGAUGUUCUCCUCAUCUUUAUCAGUAGUAGAGUUUUACCUUCUCAAAAGAUUUCCAAUGCCCUAUGCUCUGUAUUUGAUGGCAGUAUCGAUCUUGGCUGGCUUCUGGGGUCAAUAUUUCAUAAGAAAGAUGGUCACAAUCCUCAAGAGGGCGUCCAUCAUCGUCUUCAUCCUCUCCGGUGUCAUUUUUGCCAGUGCUCUCACAAUGGGUUUGAUCGGGAUAGAAAAAAGUGUGAGGAUGAUAAACAACCAUGAGUUCAUGGGGUUCUUGGAUUUUUGCAGCAGCCAAUGAUGAUUGGUUGGAGGCAAAAAUUAGAGAGAGACGUGUUCUAAUUGACCACCUCUCCAGAAUUCUCGUUCUAUAAAAUAUGUGUUUGUGAGUGUUGGCCAAUGCCUUAUUGACCAGCUCUCUCCAAAGGUCUUGCUCUGUAAAAUUUGUGAGUGUUGGCCAAUGCCUAAUUGACCACCUCUCCAAAAUUCUUGUUCUAUAUAAUUUGUGUGUGGGGUGUUGGUCAAUACUUAGUUGACCAUCUCUCUCCAAAAUUGAAUUUGUGUGUGGGGGUGUUGGCCAAUGCCUAAUUGACCGACAGCCCCUCACUCAUAGGUUUGCAUAAUGUAUAAAAGAAAUGUGCAUUUGUGUGUAUUGAAAGAUUUGGGCACGUAGAGUGGCUAAAACAAUAUGUAUUUGUGCCAACAUUAUCUUUUAAUAGUGACGUUAGCUUGUAUU